CGCUAAUCAACGCCGAAUUGAGUUCUACAAUUUCAUUGAACGCCACAUCGACUCUUUCUCGAGUGACGUCAUCACACAGCGACUCCCUACGCAUGGCCAUAGUGAGGAGACACCAGCCCGAGCCAGGUCAGCAUGAGCGAUAGUGACGACGACGUGCCGACGUUAUCCGCUCACACGCUUGCGGCUCUGCGUGAGUUUUACGAGGAGAACCAAGGCAAGAACAUCUGCGAUGUCUCUACGCCCGCCGACCACUUCGCCGUGGGAGCCGUGGAGGAGGACUGGAGGAUGAGUCAAUUCUGGUACACUGACGACACUGCAACACGAUUGGCCGAGGAGCUUGAAGAACAAGCUGGAGAAGGAGGAAGAAUCGCAUGUGUUAGCGCCCCCAGCGUUUACCAGAAGCUAAAGCAGCUCAGCGGUGCCGUAUCGGCAACAGUUUUCGAAUAUGACCGGCGCUUCGCGGUCUACGGCGACGAAUUCGUCUUCUACGACUACAACGAGCCGCUGGGUCCGGCAGAACGCGGCGUGGAACCUUGCAGCUUUGACGUGGUGAUGGUGGACCCUCCUUACCUCUCAGAGGAGUGUCUCAGUAAAGUGGCCCGCACCGUCAAGUACCUGAGCAAAGGAAAAGUUCUGUUGUGCACAGGUGCUGUCAUGGAGAAUGUGGCCAAACAACUCCUGAACGUCGACAUGUGCCGCUUCCUGCCGCAGCACCGCCGCAAUUUGUCCAACGAUUUCCGAUGUUUCGUCAAUUACCCGUCGCGUCUUCUCUCUGGCUGAGAUAUCCUGUGGUACUUCGAUGCGGUUUGCCUUAACAGAGACGUUUUUGUGGGCUGCUCUUGUGAGCCUCCAUGACCGAGACAGUGCUUCCUUACCCAAUCGGAACCGGAACUCCAAUAGGUAGCCUUCUUUACACGCAAACGCGCUGUCCAGAAUUUUUUGCAUAGUUCCUCUGUCUGCGUGGGUUUUGCUGAAUACUCCACCCACCUCCUUUUCUACAUCAAUAGUAUGUUUAUUUUAAAGUCGUCCGAUGAAAACCAAAAAAUUUUACUGUCAAGUAUUAAUCUGCAUAUGAAACUUUACUGUGCUACUUCAGGCAAUGUUUGUAAUUUAUUAGAUUUAUGGUUGUUAGUUUACCUAUGCACACAGUGAACCAUACGGCACAAUUCCAUUUUACAGUUAAAAGCAAAUGGCUUUUAGCAUUACUUCAUAAAUUAACAGUAACAUUUUUAAAUGAAUGCUUAGGUUGCAAUUCUUAGAUAUGCUUUCUAUCGCCAGUUGACGUGGUGGAUGCAUUGCAGACUGGUGAGAAAAAUCCACAGUGAUUCCUGCAUGUGCAGUUCAAAAGACAAUACAAAGGUUCAAAUAUGUAGAAAAUGAUACAAAAGUAGAUGAAUCAUGAAGAGAUUUUAUUCAGAACUUUAAUAUUUUGUAUUGGAAUUUUGAAGUCACUGGAUUUUAAAUAAACGCUGGUGUGAACAUUGAAUUGAACACCUUUAAUGUCAUCAUUCAGAAUGCACAACGAGAAGAGAACUACGGCGGAUGAUGUUGAACAUAGGUAUGUAAUGAUAGGUGAACUACUUGUAACGUGAGAAUUUCUUUGAUCUGUGCAGUCUUUUCUUUUGGCGCCAUAUGAGUUAUAAGUUCUGUAACGUCCCUGCCCGGGUUUUAAUCUGAUACAGAGGAGAGAACAUCUGCCAUCAUAGCCAUCAUGUAUCUGUAGUCCU